AGACUUCUCUCAAUCGCGCCGACGACGAACGAUGGGCGCGGCGAGUGCUGCUCAAUGUUCAGAUUUCAUCAUCUGCCAAAGCACCCUGCGCCCAUCUUUGCUGUGCAGAUUGAAAGGCUCUUUUGACCUCCAAAGGCGGAUGACUUGGCGGCGCGGCGAUGGCAGCACGGCACGAGGCACUCAAACCGUUCCUUCGGGGUCAAUGGUCCGCGUCCGCCCGCAGAACGGCGAGCAUUCGCCCCGGGCCUGCAAUUUUGUCAUCGCUACGUAAUGCUCAUGCUUUCACGACUGCACCUGAUCAGUCCCAGCAGCGCUCCAUACGGCUACCCCGAACUCUGAGACAGGCCGUAGAUCAAGUUGAGCAAGGCCGACAUUCUGGUGAGGAGCAAGAGAUCACCGUCAAAGGAUGGAUCAAGAGCGUGCGCAAGCACGCCAAGAUCACCUUUAUCGACCUCGAUGAUGGCACGCUGCUUGGUGGACAGACCCUACAGACCGUUCUCAAAGGGUCGGCCAAGGAUGUGAUCGACGCUACUUGGACGGUUGGUGCGGCAGUACAAUUGGUUGGAACACUGAUCUCAGCGAGACCAUCGCAGGGCUCUCCGGGCCCUUCGUCAAAGCCAAAGCUGAUCGAGCUCGUAGUCUCCGAAGGUCGCCUGCUUGCCCCAUGCGACAGUGCUGUUUACCCAUUGAACACCUUUCCGAGCGUAGAAACGCUUCGACAGGCUGCUCACUUGCGCUUUCGACGGAGCCGGGACGCUGCGGUGCUACGAGCGCGCGACAGAAUCGAAGCUGGCAUUGCCCAGUGGUUCACAAGGAACGAUUUCACAAAGGUCACCGCCCCCGUGAUCACCAGCUCGGACUGCGAGGGAGCCGGUGAGGUAUUCCAGGUUAUCGCAGAUGCCGAGCUCGCGGAUUCUCGAGAGCUAGGUAGAGCACCGUCAUACGCGUUCUGGUCAGGGUCGCCUGCCUACCUCACCGUGUCCUCGCAGCUGCACCUAGAAGCGCUGAGCCUCGCAUUGUCCCGGGUAUGGUCCUUCACGCCUGCCUUUCGUGCUGAGCACUCCGCCACCAACCGCCACCUGGCGGAAUUUCGUAUGUGUGAAGCAGAAAUGGCAUUCACCGACUCACUCGGUGACGUGCUUGAUUGCGUACAAGGCGUCGUCGAAGCGGCCGUGCGUAGCGCGGUGCUUGCGAAUGGCACGCAUGCUGCACACCCAGAUGCAGCCACGUUAUUUGAUCGGGACGACUUCGGAGCGCACCUUCGCGCACUGGUUCAGAGCGGCGAUGACAGCGCACCUUGGCCACGAAUCAGUUAUACAGAGGCUGUCGAUAGAGUGAACCGACAUUUCAACACUUCGUCGCUAUCGUGGGGAGAUUCUCUUUCAUCCGAGCAAGAACGGUGGUUGGCAUCGGAAAUCGGCCAAGGCCCGCUGUUCGUUACCGACUAUCCGGCCAGUAUGAAGCCAUUCUACAUGCGCCUGAACGAUGCGAAAGCUGCAGGUGCUACAGGCCCUACAGUCGCAUGCUUUGACCUUUUGAUUCCUGGCCUAGGGGAGUUGGCGGGUGGCAGUUUAAGGGAGGAGCGAGAGGAGGUGCUACUCGAGCAGAUGCGGGGGAAGGGUCUCGUCUCAGCCUCGACGCAGGAGCACCUUCGAUGGUAUGCGCAGGAUCUGCGUCGGUACGGAGGCGUAGCACAUGGCGGGUUCGGGAUUGGCGUCGAGCGCCUCGUCAGUUGGAUUACCGCCACGGACAAUGUGCGCGACUGUGUGCCCUUCGCGCGAACACAAGGUCCUGUACGAUUCUAGCUGGUUCACAAAGGGCCACCGCAGGCUGCCGAACCAUUGAAAAUGGGAAGAUGUUAGACACAUG